AUGGACGCCCGCCGCCGCCGCCGUCGCCGCUUCCUCUUCCUCUUCCUGUUUCCUGCUCCCCGUCUGGAGUCUGAGGUGACCCCGCAGAUGCUGAUGCCCCCUCUUUGCUCGGCCGGUGUGACCAGGAAGUGUGGCGCGAUCUUCCAGGGCUUCGCUACCUGCCUAUUGGCCCUGGGGGACAGCCUGUCGCAGACCCCCACCGCCGACCAGGGGGCACAGGAGAUAGACACCAUAUGCAGGUCGUGGGAUGAGUUCCACUCGUGUGCGAACACGGCGAUGGCGGGCUGUCCCGAGGACGCGGCGGCCGUGUGGGAGUCCCUCCGCCAGGAGUCCAAGAAGAUGCAGUUCUCCGGAAACCUCUACGACAUGUGCACCCGCCGCGCACAACAACUGGCCACCACCGCCGCCAGUAACCCCGCAGAGCCCGCCCCCCCUGCCGACAACCCCGCCCAGACCAAUCAAGAGUCGCUAAAGGGCGGUGCCAGCCCGGCUCAGCCAAUCAGCUGGGGCCUGCUAUCGUCCUGUGUGGCCCUGCUGCUCCUGCUGAUGCUCCACAGGAUAUAG